AUGGCUACUUCCACGGCUUCCCCGGCCAUAGGGGCUUCGCUAGGAAGCCGCGAGCGGUCAUACCCCGUCAUGUCACGCCGCGAAAUCGAGGCCCUGAUAGCUGAAGGAAAGCUGGUCUUCAUCCUGAACCAGUAUGUCAUCAAGGCGGAUGCCUGGAGGAAGUACCACCCCGGAGGAGACAAGGCUAUCAUGCAUAUGGUGGGAAGAGAUGCAACGGACGAGGUGACAUGCCUUCACUCGGCGGAGGCCCGCCGCAUGAUGGACAAGUACCGCAUCGGAAGGAUUGAGGGCCGCUGGAAGAACUUCCUGCCACCUAUCCAGGGCGGGAAGUUUCGGCCGAGGCUUGCGGACGGGGAGCGGGAGCACGAGGAGGAAUACGACGCCAGCUUAGUUCCGCGGCCGGCCAAGGAGGAGUUUGCGGCGUCCUCGAGUGACCGUAGUUCAAGGUCGCCCUCCCCCUCACCGAUCUUCGAGACCAACGAGGCCGGGCCGGGUAGUGGCCUCCGCAGCCGUAAGACCGUUUUGUCGAGAUCGGACUCGAUCACCUCGCUUUCCUCGGUCGAGGAUGCGAGCACGACAGGGCCGGCUGACGGCAUGGCGCACCUCGAUGUUCUCACGCGGAAAGAGAUCAAGCUCGAUCUCGACAAAUACCCGUCUCUCGACCUGGCCACGCAGGAUGCCAUCGUGAAGAAGUACCGUCUCCUGCACGAGCGCGUCAAGGCCGAGGGUCUGUACGACUGCAAUUACUUGGCGUAUGCGAUCGAGGGGGCGCGCUACUCCCUCUUCUUCGGUCUGAUGUUGCUCUUCCUGCGCUGGGAGUGGUACGUCACCAGCGCCUUCUUCCUCGGCUGCUUCUGGCACCAGCUCGUCUUCACCGCCCACGACGCCGGGCACAUGGGCAUCACGCACAACUUCCAGGCCGACACGGUGAUCGGCAUCAUCAUUGCCGACUUCCUCGGCGGGCUGUCUCUCGGCUGGUGGAAGCACAACCACAACGUGCAUCACAUCGUGACCAAUUCGCCCGAGCACGACCCGGACAUCGAGCACCUGCCCUUCUUCGCCGUCUCGCACCGCUUCCUCGGCAGCCUGCGCUCCACCUACUACGAGCGCGUCAUGCACUAUGAUGCGGCCGCCAGGUUCUUCAUCCGGCUGCAGCACCAUCUGUACUACGUCAUCCUCCUCUUCGGCCGCUUCAACCUCUACCGGCUGUCGUGGCUGCACCUCCUCGCGGGCAAGGGUCCCAAGAAGGGCGCGGCGGCGUGGCACCGCUGGCUGGAGAUCGCCGGGCACCUGUUCUUCUGGGGCUGGUACGGCUACGGCAUCCUCUACCGGAGCAUCGACUCCAACUGGGAUCGCUUCGUGUUCCUUAUCGUCAGCCACUUGGUCACGACGCCGGUGCAUGUGCAGAUCACGCUGUCGCACUUCGCCAUGAGCACGGCAGAUCUGGGCGUCGACGAGUCGUUCCCGCAGAAGAUGCUCCGCACCUCCAUGGAUGUGGACUGCCCGGAGUGGCUCGACUUCUUCCACGGCGGGCUGCAGUUCCAGGCGAUCCAUCACCUGUUCCCUCGCGUCCCGAGACACAACCUGCGCAGGGCCCAGCGGCUGGUGCAGGAGUUCUGUGAUGAGGUCGGCAUACCGUAUGCGCUGUACGGGUUUGUGGAUGGGAACAAACACGUCAUUGGGAGGCUGGCGGACGUGGCCAAGCAGGCCGCCAUCUUGGCCAAGUGCCAGAGCGUGAUGAUGGGGGCCGAGAAGGGCCAUGACCAUCACCACUAG